UGUAAACAGGCUGUAAACAACGUUUAGAUGCUGUAAACAGGCUGUAAACAGGCUGUAAACAGGCUGUAAACAACGUUUAGAUGCUGUAAACAGGCUGUAAACAGGCUGUAAACAACGUUUAGAUGCUGUAAACAGGCUGUAAACAGGCUGUGUAGCUGGUUUGGAGGUAGUUAACUGGCUGAUCUUCUAAAGGAGAACUCAGAAGAAUGAUGACAGACGAUGGCGUCCUGCUGGACGUCCCUGUUAUUCGCCAGCUCUACCACUGGGACUGUGGCCUCGCCUGCUCCAGGAUGGUCCUCAAGUACCUCCAUCCAAUCAGUGACGAGGAGUUCCAGAGAGCAUGCUGGGAGCUCAAGCUGACGGAGAGCGUGUGGACUAUCGACCUGGCCUACCUCAUGAGCCACCUGGGAAUCAAACACUGCUUCUGCACACAGACUCUGGGUGUUGAUAAGGGCUUCAGGAACCAGUCCUUCUAUAAGAAACACUUUGAUACGGAAGAAGAUCGAGUGAAUGAGCUCUUCCUCAAAGCAGAGAGCAAAGGUGUGGCGGUGAAGAAAAGCUCCGUGGCGGUGCAGGAGAUCCAGUCCCACCUCCUCCAGGGCCACGUGGCCAUCGUCCUGGUGAACGCCGUGCUGCUCUCCUGUGAGCUCUGCUCCUCUCCGGUGAAGUACUGCUGCUUCCUGCCGGCCGGACAGAAAUGUUUCUGCAGGAAGCCGGAGUACCAGGGACACUUCGUGGUGGUGUGUGGCUUCAACAGGACCUCCGGGUCCGUCUUCUACAACAACCCUGCUUACUCUGACCGGGUGUGCUGUACCAGCGUCGGUAACUUUGAGGAGGCUCGGCGGAGCUACGGGACGGAUGAGGACAUCCUGCUGAUCUUUAAGGAAAGUUGAUGGUGAUAAGACUCGUCUCCAGUCUUGGACUCGUGACUCGGGACUCGUCUCCAGUCUUGGACUCGUGACUCGGGACUCGUCUCCAGUCUUGGACUCGUGACUCGUGACUCGUCUCCAGUCUUGGACUCGGGACUCGUCUCCAGUCUUGGACUCGUGACUCGGGACUCGUCUCCAGUCUUGGACUCGUGACUCGUCUCCAGUCUUGGACUCGGGACUCGUCUCCAGUCUUGGACUCGGGACUCGUCUCCAGUCUUGGACUCGGGACUCGGGACUCGUCUCCAGUCUUGGACUCGUGACUCGUCUCCAGUCUUGGACUCGGGACUCGUCUCCAGUCUUGGACUCGUGACUCGGGACUCGUCUCCAGUCUUGACUCGGGACUCGUCUCCAGUCUUGGACUCGUGACUCGGGACUCGUCUCCAGUCUUGGACUCGGGACUCGUCUCCAGUCUUGGACUCGUGACUCGGGACUCGUCUCCAGUCUUGGACUCGUGACUCGGGACUCGUCUCCAGUCUUGACUCGUGACUCGUGACUCGUCUCCAGUCUUGACUCGUGACUCGGGACUCGUCUCCAGUCUUGACUCGUGACUCGGGACUCGUCUCCAGUCUUGACUCGGGACUCGUGACUCGUCUCCAGUCUUGACUCGGGACUCGGGACUCGUCUCCAGUCUUGACUUGGGACUCGUGACUCGUCUCCAGUCUUGACUCGUGACUCGUCUCCAGUCUUGACUCGUGACUCGUCUCCAGUCUUGACUCGUAACUCGUCUCCAGUCUUGACUCGGGACUCGUGACUCGUCUCCAGUCUUGACUCGUGACUCGUCUCCAGUCUUGACUCGGGACUCGGGACUCGUCUCCAGUCUUGACUCGGGACUCGUCUCCAGUCUUGACUCGGGACUCGUCUCCAGUCUUGACUCGGGACUCGUGACUCGUCUCCAGUCUUGACUCGUGACUCGUCUCCAGUCUUGACUCGGGACUCGUCUCCAGUCUUGACUCGUGACUCGUCUCCAGUCUUGACUCGGGACUCGUGACUCGUCUCCAGUCUUGACUCGGGACUCGUGACUCGUCUCCAGUCUUGACUCGGGACUCGUGACUCGUCUCCAGUCUUGACUUGUGACUCGUCUCCAGUCUUGACUCGGGACUCGUGACUCGUCUCCAGUCUUGGACUCGGGACUCGUGACUCGUCUCCAGUCUUGACUUGUGACUCGUCUCCAGUCUUGACUCGGGACUCGUGACUCGUCUCCAGUCUUGACUCGGGACUCGGGACUCGUCUCCAGUCUUGACUCGGGACUCGUGACUCGUCUCCAGUCUUGACUUGUGACUCGUCUCCAGUCUUGACUCGGGACUCGUGACUCGUCUCCAGUCUUGGACUCGUGACUCGGGACUCGUCUCCAGUCUUGACUCGGGACUCGGGACUCGUCCUCUGGUGCUAGUUAGCCCGCCUCACCUGACUGCUGCUGAUUAGCGGCUCUUCUUCGUGUCAGACGCCUCUCAGCCUGGAAGGAUUCAGAUCUGGGAGUUUCACUAAUAUUAUUUGCUUUAUUUUGUUGAGAUGAGCAGACGGAUGGAUUUUAUUGCGUCGGAUGAAUUUUAAUGAGUGAUAUUGGACCUCACAGUCAAACUGUAUUUCAGACUACAGUUGGUGAAAUGUGGGAAUCAUGACAUAGAAGAGGAAAAGCCUGGAAGUUGGGUCACAUGACUGCUGGCUGAUGGUUUAUUGUUUGACCUGUUCAGUGUUGAAGUCCUGAAGAGGAAACCCUCCUAACUCACGUCUGUCUCUUUAUUCUGAUGAUUCUGUUAACAGGGAAAACAGGAAGUAGUUGUUGUUUUGAGAGUCUCAGGUAACUAUUAUCCUAAAAUGUGACAUGCGCAUCAAAUAACAACGAGUUCAAUGCAAUACAACACCGUUUGUCUGUGGAACAUGAACUCACCAGAUGAGAAAACAACAACAUGUCGUCAUGGCAACGUGCUGAGGAUCAUGGCGGAGCAAAAGUGUCAUUUUAUUUCAUGUUCUCUGUUCAAACUGGUGAAGGUCAUUUCUCAUUGUCACUCAGUUUUAUUUUUUUAAAUUUAGGUAUUAUGUAAAAGUUUUUGCACUACACUUUUCAAACCAGACCAGAUAAUUAUGUGUUAUUUAAAUUUUGAAAAAUACCAUGAAAUUACUACUAAAAGUGAUUUCUUCCUGGUUGUGCUACCUGGUAAGAAGAAAUGGCACGUUUUAAACCACAAACUUUAUUUUUUAUUAAACAUGGAGCUGCAUUUAUUAUAUGUUUUAUAUGUAAUUAAAGGAUUUGAACAUA